AUGCUUAAGGGUAGAUCUGAAGGUGAAAAAUUUUCUCAAUUAUAUGAGGUGUUUUUAUAUAAGAAAAAAGAUAUAACAACUAUUCAGAAAAAACUUGGUAUUAAUAAUAAUAUAAAUCAAACAGCAGUGUUGGAGAGUAAGAAAGCAAAAAAACUUGCUGAUUCAUAUGAAUUGCUGUUAGAAUUAGUGAGGGAUUUAAUACCUAUACAGAUGAAACUUGGUAUAGAUAUCAAUCCCAUUUUAGAAGCAGAACUUAGAAGGAAUAAAGCCUCUUCAGAUAAACCAAUUAGAUUAUUUAAUUUGCUUUUAUGCUUAGAAGAUAAUAUAGCGACAAUUCAGAAAGAACUUGGUAUUGUUAGUUAUACUAAUCAAGAAAUAGCAGAAGAAGCCGAUAAAAAUGUGAGAAUGUAUCUCCAAAAGUUUGAAGAAUUUCAUGGUCCUUUAGAAGAUAUUCCAAAUGUGUUAAUACAGAAAUUCAUCAAUUGUAAAGAAAUUUUGAUUUACUGGUGA